CCCCACCCCGACAGACACACACUCCCAUCUCUGGCAGCAGUGAAGUUCUGCCACAUAGCUUCACGGAGUAUAUGCUUGUCUGCUAAUCGAAUUGAGCCGUCUUCACCGUUUCAGAGUUCAUCGGAGUUUUGUCAAGUCUGCUUGUUCUAUAUAGCUCAGUGAAAGAUACCAUGAAAGACUGUUUGUCCCCCUAUUCUCUCGCCUAGCAAGAAUUGAUUCGUCUUUUCCCAUUUCUCAAGAGAAGCUCAAAUCCUCAUACUUGAGCUCUCUUCUGCUGAUGGAAAUAUAUUCUCAACAAAAGGUGUUAAUGGUAAAGGAGAGCUGCCAAAGUAUUACACUAGUUUACAAGAAUUCAAGUUGGCCUUGACCUUCCUUGAGUUGGACUUCCUUCAUUGAAAUCGCAAUGAAACUAAAGCUAAAGAAGGGACGGAAAUCAAUUUUGCCACUGCAUUUCAAAGGCAAAGGGGCAAGCAACUUCUGCUUCCUUCCAAUUCCAAAAGCAAAACAGACAGAUAGUUAUGGCCCUGGUGACACCCCCGUUUAUCUUAACGUGUAUGACUUGACACCUAUGAAUGGUUAUGUCUACUGGGCAGGCUUUGGCAUCUUUCAUUCUGGAGUGGAAGUGCAUGGUGUAGAGUAUGCAUAUGGAGCUCAUGACUAUCCAACUAGUGGAGUGUUUGAAGUUGAACCACAACAAUGUCCAGGCUUCAAGUUUAGGAAAUCUAUAUUCAUUGGGACUACAAAGUUGAAUCAUACCCAAGUGAGGGAGUUUAUAGAGCGUCAAUCCGCCAGCUAUAACGGCGACACUUAUCACCUUAUUGUGAAAAACUGCAACCAUUUCUGCAAUGACAUAUGUUACAAGCUUACCGGAAAGAAAAUCCCAAACUGGGUCAAUCGACUUGCGAAGCUAGGUUCGACGUUCAACUUUGUGUUACCUGAAGCACUAAGGAUUGCUGCUGUGCAACAUGACCCUAAUAGCCAAGAAUGCAAGAGUGAGAAGAGAAGGUUAAGAAGUGCAUUUGGUUGUCUUUCUUCAAUUUCAACUAGGCAAAGACAUCUCUCAACAUCUUCACUAUUCCUACAGUCUCCCUUAAGAGGCUGCAUACCUUCUUCAUGGGAACUUAGACGGUCAACCAACCGCUCUCUAAAGGAAAG